AUGGAGACGUCCGGGGGGAGCACGGGUUCGAACAGGAAUGCAUCAGGUGGCGUGGGUGCCGGUGCUAAUGGCGUUGGACCAUCGAGGCGAUACGCGAGGCAGUUUUCACCUUCUAAUUUCAUUCGGGCUCCUAUUUCUAUGAUCCUAGAGUAUUCUGGUAUCCUACGCCGGCCGAAUCAUCCCGAGCACGAGAGUUUGAUCGAUGGAGCUUCCUCGGACUCGCGGGAUCAUACGUCUAGGCGGCCGGCUGAUGCUCCGGUCUCUGGCAUCGUCGGAGGAGAGGUCUCCAUACGGAUUAUAGGCUCAGCUGACCAAGAUAGUCUAAGGGCCCGCAGUCCUCAGCUGUUGGUCGCGGGUCAAGGAAGAGAUGGUAUUUCAGGAGAUUCUGGGUCACAGCAAGAGUCGACACCUACAGGCUUUGAUCGUCAGGGUGUCGACGUUGGGAAUGAGGGGGGAGUACUUGAGGGAUCUUCGUCACCGUCAAGUUCUUCUGAAAGUUCUGAAAGUACAGAAGGUGAAACAGGAAACAGUGCUGGAGGGAGCAACAGGGAUUCAUCAUACCAGAGAUAUGAUAUACAACAAGCUGCAAGAUGGAUCGAACAGAUUCUCCCGUUUUCAUUACUCCUGCUAGUGGUGUUCAUCCGGCAGCAUUUGCAAGGUAUUUAUUCCUUGUUUAUACGACUUAACUAGGUUUUGGUUCUGUGCCUCCUGGACACAAAACUUCAGUUAGUUAGCUAAAAAUGUGCUCCUUUUUAUCACUUUAUGUGCCUUUUUUCCUUCUACUGUCAGAUAAUGUGAAAACUUCAAACUGGGCUCUUUAAGUUGAUGUGAACCCGGAUAUUCAACUUCUGCGAUAUAACUGUCUUUGGUGCAUUGUCGCAUUCCUACCAAAUUAUUCUGGUCUUAUUCCUCUACGUGGAAGCAUUAGAACAACCGAAAAGAGCUAGCUUCUAAAACCCCAGUGAACCAUGACCUUUAAAGGGCCGGCUCACUGGGUUCUUAGAUGCUCUUAUAUGAGCAUUAGAAGCAAUAGAAGUUCAAUUGAACCCUGUCGGAGGUUUUAUGAUCAAAAUUGCAACGCUCUACCACCUAUACUAGUUUACGAAUCUGAUACUGUCUGUAGCCUUGGAACUACAUGAAGAAAGAUCAAAGAGUACUUGUAAUAAAAUUUGUGAGAAGCAACAUGAAGAAAUUUAACAUUGCAGUUAUUUUUACCACGAUUUUUGGUGUCAAAUGUUUGCCUAGGGGAAAAUCUUGUACUUAACCAUAUUUUUUGCACAGGAUUCUAUGCGUCAGUUGGUCUUUUUUUAUUCGUUCAGCCGCUUGUAUCACAUACUUUAAGUUUAUCUUCCUUUAAACAUGACGUAGGCAAACUGAAAUCCAGUGGAAACAUUCGAAUAUUUCCUUGGUUUUUUUUUUCUGAUUGUAUUGAUUCGGUCAAUCCUAUCCAGAUCCAGAUCUGAUUGCACGUUUAAGAACCUGAUGCAACCCAUCCACAAGACAUAGGCUAGCAUUUGUGCGAUGUUUACUAAUUACUUGUCAUAGCUUUUAUCAUAAAAGUAGGAUAUCUGUCAAAUCGUCUGGGGUGCUCUGAGAAUUUUUUUUAACGAACCUCAUCUGUCUUCUGAUUGGUUUUGAUGAUCAUCAUUAGCCCAAUAUUUGUUGAUCAUCCACUGCUGGAACCUUCAUAUCAUUGUAGUACAUCUGGUGUCCAUCUUAGAUUGUUGGUUCCUAGUUUGUUUGUUGCUGAUCUUUCUUCUGUACCGUUCUUCGGUAUGCUAAUAUGUUUUCUUUAUGGAAAACCUUACACAGGCUUCUUCGUUACAAUCUGGAUCGCUGCAGUGUUGUUUAAGUCAAAUGAUAUCCUGAGGAAACAGACAGCACUAAAGGUGGUGUGCCAAACUUUAGUACUUUGUACGGAUUCUUGUGUUGUUGUACUACGUUGCUCAUCCCUGCCAUAUUGAUGCUCGCUCUAUUGAUCAUUAGCUAUACUUGGAUGAAUAUUAUUCGUCUUUUGGUUGAACGAGACUUUCUGAGCAUUGUUUAAUCUUUUCUUCAUUUUGCUGAAGCUUACCAUCGGAGUCCUUUUUAAUUGCCUACAGGGUUCAUUUCUGCUUUUAAUGAGCACAUCAUAAUUGUAAACAUUCACCAAACCUCAAAAAAAGACUGUUUCGCCCCGUCUAUUCUGCCCUAGAUCACACUGAUAGUUUCCAAUUAGUUUGACCUCUUAAUCUUUGCGGCCUUUAUGCAUGCUCUUGAAUCAUCUUUUUCCUUGAUUUUUUUGUGAGUGGAAAAUUCUGAUCUUAAUCCGCAUAUUUUCAUGGGAUUUGGAGAAUCUCUAGUUGUUUCUUGGCCAGUUCAAUCUCAACCUUCGUUCAGAUUGAUCCAAUAUCCAUUUCUACUCUGACUGCGUUCCGACAGAAUUAAAAGAAUAAACUCAGAGAAGAAUGGGUUGCUAUAGACAUUAGCAGAUGAAGAGUGUUAGUUUUAACAUAAGCUAAUAGAAAAAUGGGUUGCUGAAUGUCUAGGAAGCUCAUUAAUUAAAUGCUGAAAUUGUCCUGUUUCAGUGGCUCAAAUGCUCUCACUCUUUGACACAGCUAUCUGUUUCUUCUUUUCUAGUUCGAAAAACCCUCAUGAUGCAAUUCAGUUCUGCUUUCAUACUGUUGAGUUGAUUUUCAUCCAGAAAUUCUCGGCUGGCUUCUUAAACCUGGAUGAGUGAUCAUCUAUUUCAUUGUUCUGCUUUCCAUGCUUCCGGUCAUCCAUUUAAUUUUCCAAAAGUUCCUUGGGAAUAGACAGGUGAAGACAUAGAAAAUAUGCUCUCUAUUUUUUGUUUCAGAGCUGCACAAAGGAGUUGCUGACGUACCUCUUUUUUUGAGCUGAUUGAGCCAAAACUAUCGACGAAAACAUUUAUGCGUGAAGGUGUCUUUUAGGUGCAGAAAUGUUUCGGUAUCUUCUAUGAUGUAAUCAUAUUCUCGCCUAAGGAUAUGACUGAGAAUGAUCACAUUAGAGUUUGAAUUUCUUUCUGGACAGUGCACUGCAUCUGUCUCAGUUUGGUGUAACAAUCCCAAUAGUUGUUUGAUGGCUUUCAACACAUUGUUCUUGAUCUCUACUUUCAAUGAAUACCAUACUUACCAACGUAGUCAUUUUCAGUGGCCUGUGUCUCGCUCAGCAGCGAACCAUAUUGGAGGAAAACAUUGCUUGAUUGUUAUUUACAUUCCAAUUAUCCUCCAAAAAUCUUGUUUAUUGCCCCCACGUUCUGAUACGUUGAAACUGUUGUAAUUUUCGAUCACCUUCAUAAGUAUAUAUGCUUCAGAUGCUGGAGAAAAAAAAUCUUGAACAAAAAUUGUUCAACUCUGUAUCUGCUGCAAGGAUCUUUUUUGAUGUUAGUAGUUCCGUUGAGGAAGCCAAAUCUGACAGUUUUCUCCUAUCAACACGGCCUGUCUCUUGUUAACUAAUUAGGGUUCUAUUUUGAUUUUUUAGUAAACAAUGUUUACACUUCACCUAUCCUCAAAGAAUCAUUGUCAUUACUUCGACGAUCUGAGAUUCUGUUAUUACUUGUGCGAUUUUUGAUUUCUUUGGUCCAGUUUUCUUCAUCGUGUCACUGGAGGACAAAGAUGCUGUAUAGGGUGUCUUUUUGAGAGCUAGUGAUUUAGGCACUUAUACAUAUUUCUUCUUCUUUCAAUGAUGUUGUCGUGCUUCAGAAUAAUCUGAGUGUAUUCUUGGGUGUGUCAAAGAGAAGAAAAAAUCUUGAAUAAUAUUUACUUCAGAUUCAACUUUGCUGAAAGGAUUCCUUUCAAUGGUAUCACUUUAAUUGAGAGUGGUAAACCUGAGGUUUUCUGAUAUUGACCUGUCAGUGCUAACAAAGAUUCACAAUUUCUGUGUCAUAUUUCACGGGUUUCUAGUGAUUUAUGUAGUCAAUUGUAGAUCUUCAAUUAUCAAAAUAUUAACAACUGUAUUCAUAUCAAUUUAAUUUCAAAAUAUCGUGAUCUUUAUUUCAAAAAAGGUGACCUUUGUCUUACUGGAGCGGUCUUUGUGAUGCGUUUAUGUACACGAGUUUUUGUAAAGCUUCUCAUAUGAAGGAAGAUAGAAUACAUGUGCUACACUAACUAUCAGUUGAUUAAAAAAUAGUAUAAUAAAUGUCUCAAUAUAAUGUUAGAUUCCUCCAACAGUUGAAUUAAGUUGAAAAGAAAUCUAUAUUGAUCAAAGAUCAAGAGAAGCAAAGAAGGGUUGUGUAUCUUUAUGUGCUGGUGAGUGGUGAUCUCUUCUUGAAAGAAGAAUGUCCUUUGGUGCCUUUUAAAGUUUUUAAGUUCAAGCAACCGCCAUUGGCCUAAUUAUUUGUGUUCUAGUUUUGUCAGUGUCCCACUAGAAACUCAACGAUUGAUUUGACAACUAAAACUGAAAAGUAGUAAUAAUUAUCCGAAAUGAAUACAAGGGAACCUAUAUAUCAUAAUCAACACAUCUGGAGAAAAGUAUGGUGACCUUGGUAUAUUGGGUUGUGUCUUCAUUGUCUUUAUGUGUUUUUUAUGCAUGGACUAAAUUGACAAAAGAAAAAAUGAUUAUGUUGUAUUGAAGCCACGCGGUUGUGCUCCAUACCCAAAUUCACAUGAGCGUCAUCCUUUCCGCUCAUAUGUUGUAUUCAAAUUUCAUCAGUUUCCCCAUAGCUAGCGAACAGAGUUAACCCUCUAGAGAGAAUUUGAGAACAUAAAACGUAUUUUUGUCAUAAAUUUAAUAUGUUUUUUUCUCUGAUUGUUGGUCGUGCUAGGUAUUGAUUGUCAGAAUUCAUCUGUUCUUCACGUUUGCACAAUACACACAUCAAUAUUAUAAUGCUUCUAUUGCUAUUAUUUUCAGGGUGAAAGAAAAAUGUCCAUUCUUGUUGGCAUCACGAUUCUUUUCACGCUUCAUGUGGUUGGGGUCUAUUGGUGGUACAGAAACGAAGGUGUCCUAUACCCUCUAGCCAUGCUUCCACCGAAAGAAAUUCCACCGUUCUGGCAUGUCAUAUUCCUCAUCAUGUUGAAUGGUACGUCAUCUUUCUUGCUGCUGUAAUUUUUCCUACAUGCUGUAGCUGUAAUGCGUCUGUGAUUGAAUUUAUUUUCAGGCUAUCUUUACUACUUUGAAAUCUUUCGAUUGAAGUAACUUCUUAACCUUGAUGUUGAUUGCCGACGGAAAUAGAGAUAAACAGUCAAUUAUACAGACAUAAAUUGAAUAAAAGUUGCUUUCCAAAAGACAUAAGGGUCCCAGAAGAAGAAUGGAUAUUUAGACAUUUUUCAACCGCCCUGAUGAUACUCUCUAGAUUUUAGUGGAUCAUAGCUCAGAAUGAUACUCUCUAGAGUGCUUGCAUGAUUAAAAAACCUUUAGCACAAUUUAAUUUUUAUUUAUGCGCUUCCAUGAAAAUGGGAAAAAUGCAACUAAUUAAUGAGCCUACUAGUUUUGUUGUAUAGGACAAAUGUUACAUGAUUUUAAUGUGCAUAUCCAAAAGGAAGAAUCACCUUUCUUUCUGUGUCUAUAUCACCUUUGUGUCAAUUUAUUUUUAUGUCCUUAAUUCAUUUAUUUUGCAAGUAAUCGAUUCAUGGGUCGUAUCACUCUCAUUUUUUCGAUGUGCAUGAAUGAGGAUGCGGAUCCUAAGAAAAGAGUGUUCUAGGCAAUUAUAGAAAAGAUGCGGAUCCUAAGAAAAGAGUGUUCUAGGCAAUUAUAGAAAACUAGAGGGGAUAAUCUGCGAGGGAAGCAUGACAAUUCUGUGAUAGAACUCUCAUCAGAAAUAUCAUGCAGCCUGAUUUUUUAUGGAUGUUGAUCAAUGAUUCGUUUUAUAUGUUGACUGUCAGAUACGAUGGUGAGACAGGCGGCCAUGGUCUUAAAGUGCCUGCUGCUGAUAUAUUACAAGAACGGCAGGGGACCUAACUACCGAAGACAGGUGAUUAAUUUCUACUUUUGUGGUUCGCCAUCUUUAUUUUUUUCAUUUUAUUCCACCUGGUCUAUUCUCUGAAUGCUGUUUCCUGCAUACCUUUAGCUCGAUCUGUUUUUCUAUGAGAACCCUCGUAGUAGUAGUUUUCUGUGCAGCAGGGAUCCCAAUUGACUGCAAUCCUUCGUGCUCGUUUGGGUUGACAGAUUUCUCUUCUCACGGCAAUAAUGAGUCUGUUGUGCAAUUUCUAGGGGCAAAUGCUCACUCUGGUGGAGUAUCUCCUUCUACUGUACCGUGCUCUGCUUCCGACCCCGGUUUGGUACAGAUUCUUCUUGAACAAAGAGUACGGGAGCCUGUUUUCUUCUCUCACCACAGGGCUCUAUCUGACCUUCAAGCUGACUUCCGUCGUUGAGAAGGUCGUCUGCUCAAAUGGGUCACAUCUCAGAAUUUUAUUCGAUAUGGUGUAAUAUCAUUCCGGAGGAAGUUGACCAACUCUCUCGAUGCUGCUCCUCGUUCAGGUCCAAUCCUUCAUUGCGGCACUGAAGGCGUUAUCGCGCAAGGAAGUGCAUUACGGGUGUUACGCCACUACAGAGCAGGUGAGAUCGUCAUUCUUCUUAGUGAGAUCCAAGAAUCCUGGUGGCGCCGCCACCGCCGGAGGGCUUACGCCGUCGAGUGGUGGUGCGUACAGGUGGUAGCGGCCGGCGAUAUGUGCGCCAUUUGCCAGGAGAAAAUGCACGCGCCCAUCCUGCUCCGGUGUAAACAUAUUUUCUGCGAAGACUGCGUCUCUGAAUGGUAGGCCCCCCUUCGCCUGCUGCGUCUCCGGCCGGCGUGAUGAGCCUUCCCCUUCCUCCUUCAUGUGGUUGCUCGUUUUCUCUCGCAGGUUCGAGCGGGAGCGGACGUGCCCGCUGUGUAGGGCCACGGUGAAGCCGGCGGAUCUCCGCUCGUUCGGCGACGGCUCGACCAGCCUGUUCUUCCAGCUGUUCUGA